AUGAACCUUCGCUUGAUACCUACCAGAAGAAUAGUCGAUGAAGACGAAUACGGAAACUUUGUCCCCACAGACUCAAACCAACAACUAAUCUCGAAACUGAGUAGUAAUGACUCGAAAGGUAAAGAAGAUGUAACCGACGGCAUCGAAGUCAAGAGCAUAAUUGACGAAGAGCCAUCACUAGAAUACCGGGACGAAAAAGACCGUAAAUGGUGGAAAUUCUUUGACGAGUACGAGUACAGAGUCAACCGCAACACCCAGUCAAAGAAAAAAUGGUAUAAAUGGUUCCACGAGGAUGACACCCCAGAGGAACGCAAGUUGAUCCUAAAGAUGGACUUGAUCUUGACGGUUUAUUCCAUGAUGGCCUAUUUUGUCAAGUACUUGGACCAGGCCAACAUAACAAAUGCCUACGUGGGCGGAUUGAAAGAAGGCAUCCACAUGCAAGGAAACGACUUCAUUGAUACCCAGAUCAUGUACAUUCUCGGCAACGUUUUGCUCCAGCUUCCACUCAUGUAUGUGUUUUACGCCGUGCCCUUGACCUAUGUUCUCCCGCCAGUUGAGAUUGGGUGGUCGGUAUGUACGAUAUUGACGUCCCAAGUCAAGAAUGUGCCGCAGUUGAAGGCUUUGCGGUUCUUGGUAGGUGCUUUCGAAGCACCUUUCUUUACUGGUUUCCAUGUACUAUUUCAAUCUUGGUACAGAGGUAGCACCGGUGAACUUGCCAGAAGAGCCGGUUUCUACUACAUUGGGCAAUAUUUGGGGGUCUUGACUUCGGGGUUGUUAUCUGGCGCCAUAGUCAGAGGCAUGGAAGGAGUCGGAGGCUACGCUGCAUGGCAAUGGAUCUUUAUCAUUGACGGGUUGAUCAGCAUAUUUAUCGCUAUACUCGGGUUCUACAUGAUCCCAGGAACACCUCAGGACUGCUACAGUGUCUUUUUAACCGACAACGAUAUCCGAGUAGCGAGAAGCAGGAUGAAGAAAGACCAAAAAGCCUUCAUGCCAAGAGAAAAUGUCGUCAAGUACUUUUUCGAUAAGCAAGUCUGGAUCAAAAUCUUUACUAGCUGGGAAACGUACAUCGUGGCCCUUUGGUGCGCCUUCUUUUGGAACAAUGGGAACAUAAACUCGGGCGCCUACGCGUUGUGGCUAAAGUCGUUGAAAAACGACAGGGGCGAACCACGGUUUGGACCAGGCGAGUUACAAGACUACACCGCGUUGACGCCAGCGCUAGCCAUUGUGUGGUUGAUAUUGAUUUGCGGCUUUGCUGAUCUUUUCAGCUGCAGAUGGGGCGCCAUAGUCAUCGCUCAAGUGUUCAACAUGUUGGGCAACGUCAUCUUGGCCAUUUGGCAUGUUCCCGAAGGAGCCAAAUGGUUUGCUUUCAUGUUGCAGUACUUCAGCUUGUCAAUGUCUUCAGUGUUGUACACCUGGCAGGGGGACAUAUACAGAAAAGAUGUUCGAAUGAGGCAAGUUGUCUUGGUCUCGAUGAAUAUGUUUGCCCAGCUGACGACGGCGUGGACAUCCAAAUUGGUGUGGAAGACAGCUGAAGGACCGAGGUUUUUGAAAGGAUACUCCUUUGCAGCAGUGUGCUCAUUCGCAUUGUGCGUCUUUACCUUGAUAGUAUUGUAUAUCUACAAGCGCCAGGAGAGACGUGAUGCUCGAGAAAACGGAAUCGUUUUAUACAACUCGAGUCUGGACACCGAUGGAGAUCAAAAAAGCUAG